CCAACAUGAUCAGUAAAAUUGGUUUCGUGUGCUUGUUAGCAUUUUUCAGCUUGCAAAUUGCAGCAUCAAUACAAGAGGAUGAGGAUCAAGUUCCAAUUGAACCAAAGCACUGGCUUGAAGUACUUCUAAGACUCCUAGGAGAACUUCUCUCUGGACUUAGUGAAAUAAGUAAAUAUACCAUAAGCGUUGCUGGAAUCAGUGAUGAGUCAUGUAACUUUUGGGAUUUAUCAUUGUGUGUUGUACUACAGACAAGAUUCGGUUUCUUUGGAGGAGACAUUCCAAAACAUCCAGCACACAACAACGUAAUGAAUGUUCCCAAACCACCUGAUGCUAAUAAUUGCCGUGUACCGGAUAACUAUACAUUCCCGGAUGUUUAUUUGGCCGGAAUGGCGGAUUAUUUGAACACCACUUUUUGGGCAAUACAAAACUUGACAAAGGAUGGACAUGUGCCUGAACAACUAAAACAUUUAUUAGGAGGCUAUUGGGAUCUACAGAAAAGCAUGGAAAAAAUUAUCCCAUCACACAGAAACGUUUGUAUUACUCCUCUGAAAAUCUCCACAGGUAUUGGAAAGGUUACGGUUAAAACAGGAUCUGGUGACCAUUUGGCGGACAUACUAACAAAGUAA